AUGAAACUCCAACAUUGGGCAAUUCUUGAUAUAUACCCAUUUGAGCCGUGUGCUCCGCUCCUUCUCGUCCUCAGAAUCGCAACCCUGCGGCCAACCAUGAUUACUUCAAGAACUGCGUGUGCCAGCUCGCUCUGGCGGUCUCGUGCCCGCCUCUCACCUCUUCCAUGGAUACCUAUCUCGGCCCGCUAUAUCUCGAUUCCAUCCCGCCCGACCCCAGACUCUCCUUUUUACCAAUCUACCCAAACCAGCGGCUCGACAUCCCAACUAUUAUACAAUGUCUCCUCUGGAAGGCCACCCUCAUCUGCCUCGUUCUCAACAUCCCCGCUUCUCUCUGAAUCAGACUGGGACCAUAACCCGAACCUAUCCAUCUCCAACUUCUCCGAGCUUCCAUCCAAGGAUUUCGGUGUCAACCAACAUAUGAUCAUUAACCAGGAGUUCAAAGAGGCACUGCGACAGAUUCUAUGGCAAUUCAGAGCACCCAUCCGGUAUGCGUUUGCAUACGGUUCAGGUGUGUUUACACAGACCGGCGCAGCCUCCACGGGCUCAACCCAUCCGUCGGCACCACCCGCCAUUCAGAAAAUGCAACAAGGAUCAGGGAAAAUGAUUGACUUUAUCUUUGGAGUCUCCUAUUCACAACAUUGGCAUGAUCUCAAUCUUCAUCAGCACCGUGAUCACUACUCAGGCCUUGGCUCGCUAGGCUCAUACAUGGUCUCGCAAGUACAGGAUAAAUUCGGCGCUGGUGUAUAUUUCAAUACCCACAUCACCGUCAACGGGACCCUGAUCAAGUAUGGUGUGGUCAACCUGGACACAUUGUGCACAGAUCUUACACAAUGGAAUACUCUGUAUCUUGCCGGCCGGUUACAAAAGCCAGUCAAGAUUCUACGUGAUCACCCCAAGGUGCGAUUGGCAAACCAGAUGAACUUGCUGUCUGCUUUGCGAGUAGCGUUGUUGCUACUUCCCGAGCGAUUCAGUGAGUUUGAGCUGUACAGCACUAUUGCAGGCAUCAGCUAUAUGGGUGAUCUGCGGAUGGUACUCCCAACAGAAGACCCUGGCAAGGUGCGAAACAUUGUGUCUGGACAGAUGGCCCACUUCCGACGCCUUUACGCUCCGCUUAUUAGCAACCUUCCCAACGUUACCUUCCAAGACCCACGCUGCAGCCAGAAUGAUUGGAUUGACGACCCAGACUCCAUUUUGGCGAUGGUGCAGGACAUGGACCCGAUUAAGCGUGGAAACAUGGUUCGCCGUCUCCCAGAAUCCUUCCGGCAAAAGCUUUACUUCCAGUAUCAAUCUCGCUUUGCCAUUCCCCGGGCCGAGUUCAACAAGAUGAUGGAGGAGAAUGACGAUUCAAAGCAAGAGAUCGUUCGACGCCCUCAGGGAGGUCCCUUUGAACGCCGUAUUGCAGAGGAUGAUCACCUUCAAGAGGAGGUAUCGGCAUCGAUUUCAAAGACCAUCCGCUGGCCCAGUACCGUUCAGACCAUCAAGGGCACAUUGACUGCGGGUGUAGGCAAGAGCUUGACCUACUUGAAGGAAAAGCGGGACAAGCACAGAAAGGCACAGGCUCACAAAGCACUUACUGAGAAAACACAGAAGCCCGACACGACUGAAAAGGUUGAGAAGACCCAGGAGAAGAAAGAUUAA